CCCCUAAGGGCUUUCUCCAGCCUCCAGCGACUGGAGUCCUGGAGCGCAGCCGCCGGGCGCGCGUUUCCGCCGAGCUGGGGCGCGCAGAGCAUUGCUUUUCUGGGGCCGCAAGAGACAAGAGGCGGUGACCUCGGUGCGCGCCCCGCGUCCCCGGCUCCCGGCCAGCUCCCCGGCCCCCGGCCCGCGCCCCGGCCGCCAGCAUGGUGCUGCUGGCCGGGCCCGGGCCGGAGGGCGGCGGGGCACGCCGCGUGUCCCCGCAGUCGCCGUCCCCACCCCGGGACGCGCAGGCCGGGGAGGACCCAGCUGACUUCGAGGAGUACGAGGACUUCUCGAGUCUGCCCGACACCCGCAGCAUCGCCUCGGACGACUCCUUCUACCCUUUUGGAGGCGAGGAGGAGUACAGCUCCGUGAGCGCGGAGAGCGUCCCGGAGGCCGUCCCGGAGGCGGCGACCCUCCUGCGCGCCGCCUGCGCCAACGAUGUGGGGCUGCUGAGGGCGCUGGUGCGGCGGGGGCCCAGCGCCGAGGAGGUGCAGGAGACCGACCGCAACGGCCGGACCGGCCUCAUUGUCGCCUGCUACCACGGCUUUGUGGAUACUGUGGUGGUCUUAGCAGACUGCCCCCACGUUGACGUCAACUGGCAGGACAGCGAGGGCAACACGGCCCUGAUCACGGCUGCACAGGCAGGGCACGUCACCAUCACCAACUACUUGUUGAACUAUUUCCCCGGUCUUGACCUUGAAAGGAGGAACGUGUUUGGGUUCACGGCCCUGAUGAAAGCCGCCAUGCAGGGCCGGACGGAGUGCAUCCGAGCCCUGAUGCUAGCAGGGGCAGAUGUCCACGCCAGGGACCCUCACCGCAGGAUGUCGUGCCAGGAGUGGGCUACUUACACGGGACGGUUUGAAGCGGUCCACGUCAUCCAGAGGCUGCUGGAGCGACCCUGCCCAGAGCAGUUUGGGGAACAGUACAAGCCAGAGCUGCCGCUGGCCCCCGAGGCGGGUCCGAAGCCUGCGGGCUCCAAGAACUGCUUGCAGAGGCUCACCGAGUUUGUGCGGUCCAUACUGACCUCCCGCUUGCGCCAAGGCCUGGAGGAUGGGGGCGUCCUGGACCACAUGGUCAGGAUGACCACGAGCCUCUACAGCCCCGCCGUGGCCGUCGUCUGCCAGACCAUGUGCCCCGAGAACCCCCCCUGUGUGGGGAAAAGGCGGCUGGCGGUGCAGGAGAUCCUGGCGGCACGGGGGGACCUGGCCACGCAAGCCCAAGAGAGGGACAAAGCGGAGGGCACCGAGCAGCGAUUCCGGACCUCCCAGGCCGCGGGGGUCUCCAGAGAGGGGGCCCCCAGAGCCAGCUCCACGUCUUCCCAGCUGCCAGCUGCCCCGCGGAAGGCCAGCCUCCUGUCCCUGCAGCUGCUGCGGCGGAGCAGCGUGCGGCCGGGCGUGGUCAUCCCCAAGGUGCGCGUCAGCAAGGCGCCGGCGCCCACCUUCCAGCCCGAGCGGGCGCCGAAGGGCAGCACCAAGGACAGCGCCCACCUGCAGCUCCCCAAGUGGCGGUACAAGGAGGCCAAGGAGGAAAGAAGGAAGGCGGAAGAGGCAGAGAAGCAGCGACUGGCCACGGCGCAGAAGGAGAAGCGGGCACCGUCCUGGAGGAAAAGGACGUGAGUUCACCCUCAUGGUGACUUUGUUGACUUUCCAAGAUGUCGGGACUUUGGCAGAGCAUGUAUGUGAUUUGCCCCGGGCCCUGAGCUCUCCGAGGGAGUUAUCUCCAAAGCACUGAGAAAUUCUAAUGAAUCUCUGGCCAUCCGGGUUGCAGAGUCUCUCUCACGUAUGCACUACCAACAGCACUUUAUUUAAAUAUUAUCCUGUUCAGAAGCCAUAGAUUUAAAAUAUUACAGACCAGUUUGGAAGCUCUUUAUUAUAAACCUAGAUUCGCAGGGGAAAUCGCACUCCCUGGCUAUGCGGUAAAGAACACCUGUCUGUCUCAUUAUGUGGGCGGGGUAGCGCCGGCUCCCCCUCUUCCCCCCCAUCCUUCAGAAUUGAGCAUCUCACACUCACCUUCCCCAGAAUCUCAAUAAACAGACCGUCAGGCUGCACCCAGACUGGUGGGAGACGGGCGUGACGAUAACACAGCUCUUAAAGUCAGAUUUUAGUGAGUUCCUCCCUCAUCCCAGAAGGGCGCAAGAAGAAUGGCACAGAGGUCUGGACCCACUUUGAGCAUCACUGAUAUAGUUGGCUGUUGGGUCACUUUCGUGCCUAAGAGUUGAGGUUGGCCAAGUCCCCUUGGAUGAGAUGAAGGCUGGUCCCCGAGGUGGAGAGAAACACCCGUUUCCCUGACAGUCCAAUCCAUAUCCUUUGAGAUCAUUUUUGUGUUUAUGUAUUUUCGUUGCUUUGAAUGGUUGGCUGCAUUUUUCUCACCAAGGGUUCAGCCCUCCUCCCUCCCCUCCAGUGUCGGUCAGGGAUGGGGCACUGAUGAGCAAUGUCCCCCCCCCAGCUCUGUCACCAUAUACAUUCCCUGCUGACCCCUUUGCCUCCUUUUUUCCUUAUUUGCUUUUUCUUUGUUUUGCCUGUUUCCUGCUCCAGAUUUAGCUAAAUGCCUUGAUCAUCCCUGGCCCCACUACUCUGAGAUCUAAAAAGGGCGGAAGAGCAAGGCAAUGCUGAGAGAUCAACAGUGUCCCUGUGGAAUUAUCAUGUCGUGCCCUCCAAACACCCAAGAGUGAAUGAACAGCAGAUUCCGCCAGCUGCUUCCGUGCAGAAUGUUGGCACAACUCCCCCACCUCCACCCCGCACUUUCCCCCUUUUUUCUCUUUCGGGAGGGAGACUUGGUUUGCUCUCCUAACAGGCGAUAGCACCGCCCUGCCGUACAGAGCAGGCGGGAUCCGGUGUCUGCUUGCGCUCCUGAUGUCUAUUAACUGUAAAUAGUGAAUCUCAACUUGACAGGUACCCUCUCAGGGAUUUAUAUAUAAAUACAGUUAGGGGAAAAGCUGAAGUCUAUUUUAAUACUUUUUAGCAUCUGAGUGCGUUAUGAUUAAACUAGAUAGAAGAAAUAUUUCUAAGACAAUGUCAGUGCUGCUGUUUUCUGGGGAGAGGCCUGGGAAUCACCCCUCGUGUUGAGAUUUCUUGAUUAGUAGAAACUCGGGACUCUGGCAGCUGAAAUGGCUUUGGAGUGGAUGUGAAGUCACUUCAGUGCCUCUCAGUUGCCUCUUGUGGAUGUGAACCCUUGUAUCAAAAAAAAAAAAAAAUUCAGCCUUUAUGUACGUAGAGACGGCUGUGACAGCACAGAUGGACCAUUCAUCGCUUUCACCUCUACAGCUGCUUCCUCCCUAUCUGAUCCAGGGGUGUGUGGUGUGACGGUGACAGUGUUUUCUAUCUGCUUAUGUGAAUCGUGUUCUACAGUCAGCCGAGCGCCAAGCUCACCGCUGGGAGGGGGGAGGGAAAAGCUGGAAUGACCGCGGUGUUCAGAGACUUCGCGUGUCCUUGGCUACCUUUGAGAAAUGCAACACACGACAUUGUGGACCUUCGUGACUUUUUCUGCAGCACCUCCCCACGAGCUCCUGGUGGCACUAGAGGCCUCAGAAAUAGGGUCGGAAAUUGCAGUAGUUCGUCAUCUCAACUUCGGGCACUCCUGCUACUCGCUCAUUCUGCAGUGGGGGACAGAGUUCGUGAUGUCAGUUGGAAAGUGGGAUUUGUGGAUGCAGGGUGACCAGUCCAGGCCGCCUCUGCCCACUUCCUUCCGUGCUGCGGGCGGCCAGGUCUCUGGAAGUCCACUGGGUGGAGAUGAGGCUGUGAAACAAUCCCGUGAGGUGGGCCACACCCCAGUCCUGAAGUGGAUGCAAAGCCUGCUGUCUCCAGGGAAGAAUCAUGGGUACCGAGUUACUAUGAAGAAAAGCACCCCUGAGGGGUCGUUAAACGAGCUAAGACUAAGAAGUAGGGACGAUCUGACUCUUGCAGCCUCUGGCAGGAUCACUGUAUUCCCCGCUCGUCCACGCUGCGUUAAGGCGGAGACUGUCUUCUCAUCAUUCACUGGAGCUUGCUCCGCGAAAGGAGUCCUAGCCCUGACGGAUGUCAGGUGCAGUGCUUACCCCCAGGUUCACUUGGAGACCUGUGCUCGCUCAUUUCCCAUCCUGAUACAAUGCAGGUACUCGCUGCAGUGCUAAGAUUAUCAGGAACUGUUUUAAGCUGCUAGUUGAAAUCCGUCUUUUGUAGGAUGAGGUGCUGACACUUUUUCUUUUUCACAGUAUUUGGGGAAAUCCUAACGCGCUACCCAAGUAUUCCCUCGCGAGCCUUUCCGUCCCACGUGGGUAACUGUUUGGAUUCUGCAUUCGGCUGUGGGUGCCCGGCUCACAGGAUCCCUCAGGGCUCUGGUCUGUGUGUCUGGUUUCCUUGGCGGCAGGCUCACGCUGGGCCCCUUUCAGCCGGGCCUGGCGGACCAUGGUCUUCUGGGGAAGGAAUGGCAGAAGACCCAUCACGCCUGAUGCUCAUAAAACAACAAAGUCCCAUUUGCGACAACAGCUGGCAUUGGGCACAUAAUCACGGCAGCGGGAGGGAGGGCUGUUGCCACGAAGAACUUAACAGCAAACCAGCUCUUCCUGCAAACGCUGGUUGCCGCCCUCUCCAUGCGUUUAGACUUUGUUUCAGACGUCCGUGUGACGCUUGAAUCAGCUACUUGUGGCUGUGCCCUUGAAUCCACAUGUUUCUUCAUUAACAUUUAAAAUAAGUGGCUAAAAAAAUUCCUCUGGAGGUUUUUUAUUUUAAAGAAAUAGAAAAAAACAAAAAACCACCACUGCCUGGUUUGAUGUAGCUCAUUUCUGAGGGACUCAGUUGAAUGCCAGGGCUGCGUGCAAAGUCUCUCCUUCCCCUGACCCAGCCUGAACUAAGGCUCAUGUGAAAGGCACAGCCCUGCGGUGCUCUGAUGGUCCUCAGCUGCAAGUGGAGGUGUGUGAUGUGAUGUGAUGAGUGCACACACACACACACACACACACACACAGGAAGGAGUCCGGGCUUUGUGCUCACAGACGGGACUGCCAUUGUGGGUCCCAGUAAUGUCUGGUGUGACCUGAUUGGAUGGCAUGUAGUGGAGGGUGGGACAGCCCAAGACCCCCACUGGGAGGACUCCAGUGUGUCCACUGCGGCACAGGACACAGCCAGUGUGUCAUAACGCAGGUCUUGUCGAAAGGUGGUGUUGGCCAGGGCGGCUCAUGUAGGAGCUCCUGGGCGAGGUUGUGUAGCCGGGCCUGGGCCGUCGCUCUGCUGUUGGCUGCCUCCUUGGCAUGGAGGGGCAGAAUCCAGAGGGGAUGCUUGGGGACCUCCACCAGGCAUUCACCCCAUGGCACCAGGCUAACCACAGAAUCAGCGUCUUACCCUGCGGAGGCACUGAGAUCUUCCCAAGUCUGCCCAAGUAUCAGUACUCUAAUUAAUCAACGCUAACACAGUUUGGUUUUUGAGAGAAUCAUUUCAUCAUAAUGGGACACCUUUAUAUUGUUUUUGAAGAACAUGAAGACAAGAAACAAAAUGAAGCCAGCGGUUGCAGGCACGGCAGUGGCCUGUGUUGAUUCGAUGCUUUAUGAAAUUUUGGGAGGUCGCAUUGAAGCACUUUAACACCAGUUUUUGAGCAGAAGUUCUAGAAGCUGGUUUGGAACCUCACAGCUCUGUCAAACAGGAUGAAAACCAGGAAAGGAUGCUAUAAACCUGGCCAUGUUACCAGCAACCCUGUGAGCCUCUCGGCCAUCCUAAGGAAUUUGAAUACUAGACCCCAUUCAAACAAACAGGCAAAGCUAAUCUCAUUGAAAUUCUCUUCAUUCAAAUCCUUGUUCUGCCUCACAUGUAUUGGGUGUCUGAGAAUGUGUAUUUUUAACAAGGGUGACUAAGAAAAUUGUAUGGACUCUGCACAGGUGCCAGGUUUCAGGUUAUGUCAUGUUGGUAUAAGCUUUGUUUUCUGAAUGUAAAACUAUUUUCAUUGUCAUUUCUAAAAAUCCCGUAGAUUUCCGGAUAUUGUAAAAAUGUUGAAUAAGGAUAUAGGUGUGUAAAUUUCAUAGUGUUUUAUUUUGAGGUGAGAGUUUUGUUACAGUUUAUAAAAGAUAUUUUUCUAUUUAGACCUCAGGGCUAUUUGGGGACCUACAAAUAAAUGUGACCCCAGCAGUUUCAAUUCUUGAUAUCCAAACGGUUAAUAAUCAUCUUUAAGUUAAAUAGGAUAUAUUAUUCAGCAGAAAGAAUGUGUCUUUCCCUUUUAGCUUCUCUUUUAACAAACUCUGUAUCUAAAGUUUAAAACGUGUAGCAAAAAGGAUGUGGGUCAUGUAAAAAUGUGGGGAAAUUGUGGCUACGGAAUUUAAAAUCACUUGUGAAAUAAAGUCUUAUGGUACAA